AAAAGCAAACCUUUUCCUUCUACUUUCACGUAAUCAGUUUCAACCAACCAAACAUGUGGCAACAUCGUGCACCAAAAGAGGACCAGCUGAGGGGGGCCAGACUCACUCUGCCCAUCCUGACCAACAGCCGAAGCCUGGUGAGCAGCAGCUCACAGCUUCAGAGGAGCUCCAUCCUGAAGCUCGAGGACGAAAUAAUCUGUCUGGGUGAAGAUAUUUCUCGGAUCCCUUCCAUCGUGCACGGCGGCAUGACUCAUCUCAGCUCUCGCCACAUGGAGGUCGGUCGAUGGCAGGCCCUCAUCUCUGAGUGUAUUAACCAAGUGAAACGAGAAAUCCGUGCUUUGGAGCAGGAGAAAGAUGCCACUGAGGGUUAUCUUCAGGAGAGGCAGCUGUACGCUCAGCUCAUAAACAACUGUGUGGUGCUCAGUAACAGUUUGAGCUCCGCGGACCGACUGAAUCCUGUCCUCACUGAGCUGAAGAAAGAGCAACAGCUGAUCAGCGAGAUCAGUGAACUGCUGCAGAAUCAGAUCGUUGUCCUGCUCAACAAACAAAGCUCUCUGAAGAACAUUCGCACUCAGCUGCUGUCAGAUUUUCUCGACAAGAGUGAAGCCAUCAAGGUCACCACCAGAUGUAUCGGCCAUCAGCUCAGCUCCAGCCUGCCCGCCAUCCAAUACAAGCCCGACCACGCGAGCUACGACCAGUGGCUGUCGCGCUGCAGGGAGCUGAAGCAGGCAGCUGAUGACCUACUGAAGGACUCUUCAACCUUCAGAGGAAACCUGCGCUUCACCCUGGCCAAUCUAAAAAACACACAAGAGUGCCAACGCCGCAGCACGGGUGCCUCUAUGAGGAAGAAGAUCCAUAAGUUGCACAAGACCCAGGAGCUACUGAUCUGGGAGAGGCACCAGAUCGGGAAUGAGAUUUCUGAUUUGACAGAAGACGUGUGGAAAGUGGCAGGUCAGAUCAGGAACUGUGAUUCCAGGAUGCAUCAGGUCACCAGCCGCCUGGACAUCCUCAACCAGAGACCUGGAAAUGAGCGCUGCCUGGACCACCCUCACAUCAGCUUCACACUGGAGAAACGUGACCUGGAAAAAAUGUCAGCUGAACUUCGUUCAGUCCUGAAGAACUCUCAGCAGGACCUGGCGCUCACACAGCACCGCCUCAAGCUUCUAGAGAGCAAAAUAGCUAAAAAUGCUCAACACCUGGAGACACAGCAGAGGUGCCAGAACCUGCACCAGAGUUUCCUGCCUCCUCGUGGCAGCACCGUGAUCCUCGGCAACAGACCCCAGCUCCACACGGCCCCGGGCUGCUCCAGACCCCAAAUUCAGUAGAUCAGAGUGCGCUAGUGCUCUACUGCCAUCUGGAGGCUUUU